AUGCAAUUUAUUAAAUCAGUUUUCAGUUCAAAAAAUACCACUUCAACAACUACUCCUAUUAUUGAUGAAAAGGAAAAUAUUGAACAAUCGAUUCAAGAAACAUUGAAUAGAAAUAUGGCACCAAGUUACUCGUUGUUUUUCGAGCGUUUGGAAACCUCGAUGAUUCCAUCGUUUGUUGGUCUCGCACCAAAGUCGGGUUAUAGCUCUACUUUUUCACUCACCGAUUUCCAAGUGGAUGCUGUCGUCACCGAUUCGACAGUGACCUCUGUCUACACCCAGAAAUACAAGAAUAGCUCCCCCAAUCCAGUGGAAGCCAGAUACCAAAUGCCACUUGCACCGGGUGCCGCCGUCAGCAAGUUUGUUGUGACCUACGACGACAAAGUCUUGUCGGCCAAAAUCAAAGAGAAGGAAGCCGCCGCCAAUAAAUACAACGAUGCCGUCGCCAGUGGAAACCAGGCAUUCUUGGUCGAGAAAAAGUCGAAUGGAACAUUCACCACCAUGAUUGGUAAUUUGCCACCAACCAAAGAAGUCACCAUCUCCAUUACCAUCGUCUCUGAGAUUGGUACCCAUCUCGAGAAUCUUCACUUUGGUCUCCACCGUUAUAUGUUCCCAAAAUACAGUUUCAAUUUGAAUCUUAAUCUUCAGGUUUCUCUCUCGGUUCCAAUCCAAAAGAUAGAGUUGGACCACUACAAAGCUGAUAUCCAAGUUGAUGGAAAGAAAGCCACCAUCAAGCUAUCGGAAACCAACGGUGUACCAAACAAUAUUAUCGCAGUGAUCCGUCCAGAUUCUUCGGAGCGUCCAGCCUAUUUCGUUGAGAAAUCCAAAGACAAUACCUAUGCUUUGGGAAUCAACUUUUAUCCAACUCUUGAGGUUGCUGCCGACGAAGUAGAUCAAUGUUCAGAGUUUAUCUUUUUGAUCGAUUGUUCUGGAUCGAUGUCUGGUAGUACCAUUGAAAAAGCCAAACGUUGUCUCGAAAUCCUCAUGAGAUCAUUGACCGAGAAGUCUAAAUUCAACAUCUGGCUCUUUGGAUCAUCAUUCAAAUCACAAUUCACCGAAUCAAAAUUAUAUAACGACCAAACCCUUGAACAAGCAAGUGUAUUCAUUAAGAGUAUCGAUGCCGAUUUGGGUGGAACCGAAUUGUUACCACCAAUCCAAGCAAUCAUUAGUCAACCAGUUGAUUCACAAUAUCCAAGACAAGUUUUUAUUUUGACUGAUGGUGAAGUAUCACAAAGAGAUGAAUUAGUUGAUUAUGUUGCAAAAGAAGCUGGAACUACUAGAAUCUUUACUCUUGGUAUUGGAUCUGGUGUUGAUAAGUUGUUGGUUGAAGGUUUAUCAAAGGCAUGUAGAGGUUACUUUGAGUUUAUCGAUGACAACUCAAUGAUGGAGACUCAAGUUAUGAAGUUGAUGAGUAUCGCUAUGGAACCAAUCAUUGCCAACAUUCAAGUGAACUGGGAUGGUCUUCCAGUUGUCCAAGCACCAAAAUCAGUUAGACCAAUCUUUAAUCACGAGAGAUUGUUCCUCUACGGUCUCUUGGAGAGUGUUCCAGAGAAUUUGACUACUAAGACUAUUGUCAUUACUGCCGACGGUCCAACCGGUCAAUCGAUCCGUUAUGAAAUCCCAGUCGAUUUCAAACAUGCCCAAUCGGAAUCCAAUGCCAUCCAUACCCUUACUGCCAAUAUGAUCAUCAGGGAUCUCGAAGAGGAUGAAAAGAAAAAGAAGGAUGCCAACAAGGAUGCCAUUGUAAAGUUGGGAAAGAAAUACCAAUUGAUUUCCAACCACACCUCGUUUGUUGUCGUUGCUGAAGCCGAUAAACCAACCGAAGAAACCAUGCAAGUUGUAGAGGUUGUCGACGCACCACCAGUUCCAUCACCACAAUACAAUUACAAUAGCUUCACCCAUAGUGCACCAACAUCAGCUUUGAACUAUAGUUCACCAACUACAACUUCAGCUAUGAACUAUUAUUCAUCGAUGCCAACACAAACCAUCGAUUAUGAUCUUGAUGAUUGUGCUCUUGAAUGUGAGCAAGAAGAAGCAUUGGACUGCAUUCAAGAGAAACUAGAAGACAUGAAAUGUCUCUCAAUGGAUUUGAAUGAAUCCAUCUGUAGACAAAGUGAAGUGUUGGACUCUCUCGAACUCAGAGAGUGUGCACCAGAGAAAUCGGUAAAGAAAUCGGCAUCACCAGCUUCUUUCUUCUCAUCAUUCACCAAGACCAAAUCAAAGGAAGCAUCACCACCACCACCAGUUCAAGCACCAGCACCAGUACAAGUCUCAUAUCUUUCAGCACCAUCUCCAGUUCAAUCAGCACCCUCAACCCAACCAUCUUAUUCAUCAGCACCAGGUAAGAAAUCAUCUAGCAGCGGUGACCUAAUGAUGGAUUUGAUUCGUUCACAAAAAGCAAAUGGUAGUUGGAAUACUGUUACCUUUAAGCUGCCAUCCAAGCCAGAUACCUUGAGUUCAUUAUCCGAUGACUGUUGGGUUACCUUGUGUGUCAUUGCAACCUUUAACAAAUCGUUUGCCGCUGAAAAGACACAAUGGCAACAGAUUGUUGCUAAAGCAUCGAAAUGGGUAAAGUCACAACUCAAUGCAUCAAAUCUUGGUGACAAAUAUGAUACUUUCUUGGCAUUGGCAACUUCAUCCAUUUAA